AUGGAUUGCAAAGAUGCGCAGAUAUUCGAUGUGGACAACAAUUUCACGCACAGCAUUCUAGAAACAUUAUUUUUAUUUCAGCAGACAUAUUCGUCGUUUCAUCGCUACAUUGCCGUGCUACUGUGCCUAUUCGGGCUGUUGGCAAAUUCGAUUCACAUCUGGGUCCUGACACGACCACGAAUGCGAUUCAGCUCUGUGCAUACGGUAUUGGUGUGCAUUGCAGUUUCUGAUAUGGGCACAAUGACGUCAUACUUGAUUUACAUGACGCGAUUUGAAUUCAUGCAAGAGCGUAAUGGAUAUCCAUACGGUUGGGCGUUAUUUCUGAAGGUGAGUGAUUAA